AGUAGAGACAGUCGGUCCACCCGGUCAGCUGGUUUUGUUCAUUCGCACGUUCAUUCGAGUCUUCCUGAUGAUAGACAGCCGAUCACAAGCAACCAAGUAGAUCUCGGUUGCCUCACAGCAUCCCUCGGAGCGAUAGGACAGUAACAUCGGCGGCCCGCGCGCCGCAUGUGCGCGAGUGUGCAGCAUCUCCACCGGAAACACCAACGACACGGUGCGAGAGAUCAGAUCAUCCGUAGAAGUGGAAGAGGCGGCGACGGAGGAGGAAGAAGAAAAAGAAGAGGGUAGCCGAUCAGGAAGAAGUGCGCGCGACCAGGCAGGAAAUGACUAUAUCCUACGCGAGCGAAGUGCCCAACGGCUCCAGCUUUGGCUGCUUCUGGAGGAUUCUGAUCAAAUGGCGCGGCUCCGUUUACAAGCUUAUCUGGCGGGAACUACUGGCGUACCUGUUCUUCUACUACCUCAUCAACUUUAUAUAUCGAUACGUGCUCAAUGAAAACCAGCGGGUAAUUUUCGAAAAAAUUCGUUAUUAUUUCGGCAACUCUAGCGAAUCCAUACCGAUGUCGUUCGUGUUGGGAUUCUACGUGAGCCUUGUUGUGAAAAGAUGGUGGGAGCAGUACAAGCUUCUGCCCUGGCCGGAUAAUCUGGCCCUCUUCAUCAGCGCCGCCAUUCCUGGAAACGACGAACGAGGACGGCUGAUGCGACGCAAUAUCGUCAGAUAUGCCGUGCUCGCGUACGUCAUUACAUUACAGAGGAUUUCGCUUCGCGUCAAGAGGCGUUUCCCGACUCUUCAGCAUAUAGUGGAUGUAGGUCUGAUGAUGGAAUCGGAGAAGAAAAUCUUCGAGAUGAUGAACAAGAAAGCGGCCAUGUCCAAAUAUUGGAUGCCGCUUGUCUGGGCGACGAACAUCAUCAACAGGGCGAGGAAAGAGGCUCUGAUCACGAGCGAUCACGUCGUGCAAACCCUUCUUGUCGAACUCAGCGACAUACGGAAGAGGCUUGGCGCACUGAUCGGUUACGAUACAGUUUGCGUUCCUCUAGUCUACACUCAGGUGGUAACACUGUCGUUGUACGCCUAUUUUUUCUCGGCUUUGCUGGGCAGACAAUUCGUCGAGAACUCCAACGGGAAAUACGAGGACCCGGACAUGUAUUUCCCAUUUUUCACAACUCUACAGUUUUGUUUCUACGUCGGAUGGCUGAAAGUCGCCGAGGUGUUGAUUAAUCCUUUCGGCGAGGACGACGACGACAUUGAGCUGAACUGGCUGAUAGAUAGACACAUUAAGGCCGGCUACAUGAUUGUUGACGAAAUGCACGAGGAACAUCCGGAACUGCUCAAGGACCAAUACUGGGACGAAGUCGUGCCCAAAGAUUUGCCAUAUACGGUUGCCAGCGAGCAGUACCGACGAGAAGAACCAAAAGGUUCAGCCGAACAUUACAAAGUAAAAGACAGCGAUGCUCUUUAUGCAAACGUUAUGCUGGGUACGCAGAUUCACAAUCACGCUCAGCAUCGCAAGGCUCAUCAGGAUGAUAUGUACGCCGAUUACGAGAGUGUGGACACUCCGUUGGUUGAGCGAAAGAAAAAUGGCUGGUUCCAACGACAGAUCACCAGAGUGGGUUCGGUACGCAGUUCCUCGACCACGUACAGCAGCGGUGGCGGUUUCUUUUCGCGAAACCGACACAACAGCGUUUACAGCAGUCCGGAAACUGGUCUCCCGCAAACGAACAAUCCAAAUCUUAAGAUAUCGCUUUACGAUCGUCUCGUGGGACGGAAGAGCAUUCGCAGUCAGCGCAUGGGACGUCAGGGUACUAUGACAAAGCUGAACUCGGUGCCGGUAUCCCUGAAGAACAGGCCGCGCAUACCGACUCCGGAUGUAACGAAGGAAGUGGUUGAUCGUGAGCAAAGACUGGCACUGUCGGCCGCCAACGCGGCGAACAUCGGCGCCGGCGUGGUCGGCGUGAUACCAGCGAAUGGUCACUAUCCGACCGACCUGUCGGUGGUGGUAUUGUCACCUAUACAGGAAGCAGAGAGCACACCUGUUUCAGGAAAAUCGGGCGCAGCCGCCCUAGCGCAGGCCGUGCUCUCGCCCACGUUGACCAGCGCCGGUCUGAUGACGCCUGUGACCUUGACACCGGUCACCAUGAGCCAUCUGACUCAACUGGGUCUGGUGACGACGGCAACAACAACGACGCCUCACGUCAACAAUAAGAGCAACAGUAUCCAAGCGACGCUUACCGAGGUUAACAGCAGCGAGGAAGAAGGUAGCGGAAGUGGCAGCAGCAGAAGCGGGAGUAUAACCGGUCAGGAAGAUCGAUCGACUCCGUUGAUCGACAACAACAACAGUCCGUUAGGUAGCAACGGUAGCUCGCCUGUUUUCGACGGCUACAACGAUCGUUCCCCAAUACUGAUGAGACCCGAGAAACUCGGCUACGUGGUCACCGCUGCUGUGCCAGCAGUUAAGAAUGACAACACGGAUGCGCGAGGAAGACGAUCCGCAUCUUUGCCUGGACCGCCUGUCGUGCAAAUCUGUCGGGACGACAGAAGCAUGUCGCUGCCGCAAUCUCCGGGAUUACAACCGAGAGAAACACGCGCCGUCUCCGUAUCAAGCAGACAAGACGGUCUCAAUGUGGAAAGACUGGCCGUUGUGACCAGCAAUCAGGGUAUUCGACCGAGAACCAAUAGUUUCGGUCACGAUUUAUCCAAAUCCAAUCAGAAAGUUCAGGACGCAUCAAGAAAGAUUAGUAGCGUUUCCUGUACCAAUGCGUCGCUCUCGAGCGGUUUAGGUUCUUCAGCGUCGUCCACGAGCGUAUCUACCACAGCGACAAUCGCUGGUAGCAAGAGAGGCGAGGUAUACGUUUGAUCGAAGAAGCUGGAAACACAGAUUGUUUAUUUGUGUUUCUAAUUAAGAAGAGAGAGAUCUGUCAGAGUUUCGUAAGAUUUAUUUCCGUCCGUUAUUGUGAUGCCCUCUAUAUGCACCGUGGCGAAUUUUUAUAUCUAGAGGAUAUUUUUUCUCUCGUUUAAUUUCCAAGAUUUCCAAGAUUCCAAGAUAUAGAUCUGCUAUCUUAUGUCUUAUUUUGUCUCUUUGGUAAUUCCGUCAUGCGUGCUGUUUUACUUUGUUGAGUUUUGACUUGUUCAAAAGAUUCUACGCUUAAAAAAAAAAAAAAAA